GUGAGGAAGGGAGGGAGCAAGGAAGGAGAGAGAAAGAGAAAGGGUGAGGAUGGAGAGAGGGAGAGAGAAAGAGAGAGAGAGGAGUUUAAACUAAGAGCUAUGUUUUGGGACGAACUAAUCUGCUACAGAGCAGUGUGAGGAUCGGAACGCAUUGUGCAGGCGAGUGUGUGGAGGACAGAUAAGGGAAGAAGCCCGGCAGACCGACUGCUUGUUUUAAUGUGCUGACUCUGGGGAGCUAAAAAAAUAAAAAUAUUGACUCUUCAGUCGUGCGGCGUGAGCCAGGGCACAAGCGCCACAUUUAACAGAGGUGCACCAGAAAACACGGGCGCGAGAGAGAAGAAAAUACAUCCAGCCAGACAGCACAUAUAGAGGAUUUCUCCUUCCUUUUCUUCUUUUUUUUAACCUGUUCAUUUUUCUUUCUUUUUUUUUUUUCCUCGGGACUGAUUCCCAUUUCCAGUAGAGAAAAAGGAGCCGUUGAGCCACGAGAACGCAAAACAAAACAAAAAAAAAACCCACCAAAAAGCGACAAGAAACGAAACGCCACCAACAAGAUGUUUGAAAUCAGCCGAACACUGAAUGCUGCUUUGUUGAGCAAUGAGUGUCUGAAGAUGAUGGUAAGGUGUUCACAGAACUCGGCAGUAGCCCAGGCGGAAGGCUCCUUCCCAGGCAGGGGCUCGCUGCUUUUCCCCCGAGAUCCAUCCAGCCAACUGGGGGCCAGGGCUCUGGGGGGAUCGACAGAGACUCAGUGGCGUCAGGCAGACCUGCCGCAGCUCCAGGGCUGGGCUGAGAAGGGACUGCUGACACAGCCAAAGAUGAUAAUCAGCAACAUGGAGCCUCAGGUGACGAAUGGGCCGAACUCCGCCACGGCCAACGGGCCCUCCAGCAACAGCCGCAGCUGCCCCUCGCCCAUGCAGACUGGCGGCCCUAAUGACGACAGCAAGACAAACCUCAUUGUCAACUACCUGCCCCAGAACAUGACCCAAGAAGAGUUCCGCAGCCUCUUCGGCAGCAUUGGCGAGAUUGAGUCCUGCAAGCUGGUUCGAGACAAAAUCACAGGGCAGAGUCUUGGCUAUGGUUUCGUCAAUUACAUUGACCCAAAAGAUGCAGAGAAAGCCAUCAACACGUUAAAUGGACUCAGACUUCAGACCAAAACUAUUAAGGUUUCGUAUGCACGGCCCAGUUCGGCUUCUAUCCGUGACGCUAAUCUCUACGUGAGUGGUCUGCCCAAGACCAUGACCCAGAAGGAGCUGGAGCAGCUCUUCUCUCAGUACGGACGGAUAAUCACCUCCCGCAUUCUCGUCGACCAGGUCACAGGCCCCACAGGUGGCUCGCGGGGUGUGGGCUUUAUUCGCUUUGAUAAGAGGAUAGAAGCGGAGGAAGCCAUCAAGGGUCUGAAUGGACAGAAGCCUUCAGGUGCCGCUGAGCCCAUUACAGUGAAGUUUGCCAACAACCCCAGCCAGAAGACCAGCCAGGCGCUACUGUCGCAGCUGUACCAAUCCCCCAACCGCCGCUACCCAGGUCCUCUCCACCACCAAGCGCAGAGGUUCAGGCUGGACAAUUUGCUUAAUAUGGCCUAUGGCGUUAAGAGGUUCUCCCCCAUCACCAUCGAUAGCAUGACCAGUCUAGUAGGGAUGAAUAUCCCCGGUCAUACAGGAACAGGCUGGUGCAUCUUCGUCUACAACCUGUCGCCGGACUCGGACGAGAGCGUCCUGUGGCAGCUCUUCGGACCGUUCGGCGCCGUCAACAAUGUCAAGGUGAUCCGCGACUUCAACACCAACAAGUGCAAGGGGUUCGGCUUCGUCACCAUGACGAACUACGACGAAGCGGCUAUGGCCAUCGCCAGUCUGAAUGGGUAUCGGUUGGGUGACCGUGUCUUGCAAGUGUCUUUCAAGACCAACAAGACCCACAAGUCCUGAACUCCCCUCCCAUCACUUGUGUAGCUCCUUACAGCUCCUCUAAUACUAAAAACCCACCUCUGCCCACUCAGCUACUCAAAACAGGAACACACCAACCAACAAACCCACAAAAAAGAACUGGAUAUGGCUUAUAAUAUAACUUUGGACCUAUAAGCCAAUGUUGCCUAAGUAUUACAAAAUGACAAAUUGAGAAUAUUCAUUAUUUGGAGACCCUGGAAGUGGUACAGGGAUUCUGUUGUAUAUCUUCUUGAGUUCUCGUGGUUGUAUUUACUUUAGUCUUUUUUUUUCUCUGUAAACAGUAGCAAAACCAGACCGCCCUUAUUUUGAAGAAGAAAAUGUCCUUCUUUAGAUCGAACUCUCUUGGUGUCGAUUCAGGAUUUUUUCUUUCUUUUUUAAAUCCGGAUCCACUGUCGUUAGAAUAACGCCUCCCUGGUAAGAGAACAGUAGGGGGCUCUUUUUAAAAAAAGAAGAAAAAAAAUCAGUGAUCAUUCAUUCAUUUGUUUUGGUGUAAAUUAUUAGAGAUCCCCAAAAUGAAUUGACAGGGAUGAGGCCAUCCCUUUUCUCUAAUGCAGAAGAUGUUUCUAGCAUAGUUUUGGUUUUGUACUGCAAACAAAACACACGUCUGUCCUCACGGGGGAUUCAGGGGGAAGGGGUGAGGGAAGGGACGGGCUAGCACUCCUGAUGACACGUUGCGUCAAAAAAAAAAAAAAACUACACACACACUGUUGCCAAAGAGAAAAUCUCUUUGCUUGAAAAUGCGUUUAGAAAAAAUGAAAAAUAAAGAGAAAGAAGAUCUAUUUUUAUAAAUAAUGAUUCAAAUAAUUAUUGAAGAAUUUUUACAAGAAUCUGGAUUUGAAAAAAGAGAAAAAUAUUUUGACUGGCUAAUUAGGGACGGGGGGAGGGGUCAGGUGCCACCUUGUCUUGUUCGUUCUGCCGUGGUACUUUUUAGGAUCCAAGGCCGUUUGUUUUUCGGGGAGAACCUGAUUGGCGAUGGAAGAAUUUUGUAGAUGGAAGAAUUUAUCAAGGGAUGCAAAUUCAGGCAGGUAAUUUUUCAUAGCAGUAAUUAUUCAACAGCGAUACCCAAUAGGAGAGGUAGAGGGGUCUUCCCAGGCCAAUCACAUCUUCACAGUCAAGAGCCCAAAGCAAGGCCACUCAUCGUCCACUCAUUUACGUUAGACCAUCCGUCUUUGGGAUAUAAGUAAUAAAGAUACACACGCGCGCACACACACUUCUUUCUCCAUUCGGACGACAUGUACAUGGUUAUGUUUAAUUCGCUAUGAUUUUGUGAUAUCGCAUUCGAGAUGUACUUCCUUUAGCGAUCAACAGUAGGUGCUAUAUUACAUGGUUCACAUAUCUUAAAUAUCCAACUUUGUUGUUCUUCGUGUUGUUUAGAGAGAAAAAAAAGAAAAUUUCGAUGUUGGCAUUAUAUUAAGCUGCUGUUUUUCUUCUUUCGUUGAUGUUUAUUCUUUCGUAAUCGCCGUCGUCGGUGGCCGUCUGGUCUGGCGAAAGCCCAGACGAACAAAUUUGGGCGUCCACGGCGACGUUCCUUUGGCUUGCUUACUUCUAGGUUAUUUGCUGAGUGUACAGCGUUUGUCGAAAUUCAGCGAUAAUUAGCUAGUUCUGUUAGUCUAGUAUUUGUUUCCUCAAAGGAUCUAUUACGACUGUGUCUUUCUUUGUUGUGUACAAAUAGAUGAUAUAUAGUCAACAUUUUCUGUUCCAAUAUCUAUAUCUAUCUGAGUUGUCACUGUUUUUCGUUCAGGAUUGUCUUUUUUCAUAUGAAAACUUUAUGAAGUGAUGGUUCAGUUACUUAGAAAAACUCGUGAGGAAUCCUGUUUAAUAUGUUGUCAUGUCGCUUGUGAAGAUAAAGAAAAAAAAACGCAAAAAAAAGAACUGAAAAAUUGGAUCAAUUUAUUUGAUUUACCGCCGCAGCAAAAGAAAUCGAACAAAAAGCUUCUUGAGAAAAACCUGUAUUUAUUUAUUGAUCGAUUGAUUGAUUGUCUCAUUGAUUAAAUUAUUUAUUUAUCUCGAUUAUUUAUUUAUUUACUUGUUCCUUUCUUAUGUUGUCUGUGUUUUUGCGUGAUUCUGGUACAGGGAGGGGGGGUCUUUCUGAGCUAAAGGGAACAAAUGACUAGGGGAGACGCUCUUCCAUUAGUCCUGUGCACUGAGAAAUUUUAGUACGUUUGUGCUUUGUACCAAUAUAUCAAAAUUACAAUACAAAAAAAUUUAAAAGUCAAAAACGAAAAAAAUGUCAAGAGGGUUGGUGAGGCUCUUCCCUUAUUAAUAGAAACAGUUACUCGCUAUGCAUAACCUAGCCGAUAGUUCAAUUUGCUAUUGCUUUUUUCUUGUCUUGUUAAACAUAAAUCUUUAAAUCUUUUUCAAUAAAGUUUAGUCUUAAUAGAAUGUUAUAACAGUUGUUCUGGUUCAAUAUAACCUGUGAUAAGUUUGUGUAGUUUUAAAAGCCACUUCCCGCCCUCCCUCCACACACUACCGUUGCUUCGUGAUUAAACUUUUAUGCAAAAAUGUGGGUCUGAAAUGUAGUUUCUCAUGGAUCUCGACGACGUUCAUGUCAGGCUUUGCUGCCCUAAUUUGAUUGAUCGAUAUGUGUCCAUUGUUUUAGUAUGAUUCAUCGACUCAUCUGAACUGUAACCUUCAUUUAAAUCACAUUGAUACUCCAGGAAAAGGAGAAAAGUAUAAAAAGCAUUGACUCUGAUUGUACUGGUUGAACAAAAAUAGCUAUAGCAGAUAAUAUUUGAUAGAUGACACCUGUUAUAUAUUUUCUAAGAUAUAGUCUAUUUUGAAAGGUAAACUUCCUGAAUGGAGAGCUCGGCUCUUGUUAAGACGGGUGUGAAUGGUGGAGAGCGGAAAACAAAAGUCACGUUCAUGAGCUGUCUUACAUUCCUCCACCUCUAAUGCCAUCCAUCCUCCUCUGCUCCGUCUCUAAGGGGGCGGCGGCGGUGGUGGCGGCACGUCCCUUCUCAAACCCCACUACGGCUGGGAGUUUGAAUUAUGCAACGACCCCAGUAGAAUGUUGUUCUGAUGUACGAACAAAUUUCCUGCAUUACGUCCUCCUCUUUUGGUUAAUGGCAUCACCCUCCGCGUGUCUGAGUGUGGAUGACUGCACAGGAGAGCAUCUAGGACGCGUGAGAGUUUGCGGGGGUGUUGGAAACGCGGGGCCGUGCCUCUAUAGUGCGUGCCCAUAUCGCAGUGUCUCUCCCCCUGUAGCGCCUUAUAGUGGCAGCCUGCCAAUAGGAACCCAUCAGCCAGUAGUGUAGGAGGGAAGGCAAAGUGAGGAACAAGGCUCUUGUCAUAAUUCAUUUUCUCCUGAAAUGUGUUUGUUUACUAUCUGAAAAAUCUAUAAAUCUUUAAAGAUGAAAAAAGAUGAAAAAAAAAGAAAAAAAAAAGUUCACCGGACCAAGCUGGUCUCUCCUACUUAUGUUAUUACUUAUCUAUCGAUUAUUGAUUAUUGUUACUAUGAUUAAUAUUAUUCUCAUUAUCCUUAUUCUUAUUACGAAUCAAAUUACUGCGAUGAAUGACUUCAUGUUAUCCUUGCUAGUUUAGGUCAUUUCUGAAACUGGAAACAAAAUAUGGAAAAAAAAAUACUUGCUGUAAAUGUUUUUUUCUUUUUCAUAAAACUGUUGUGUUUGAAUUAUUUGUACUUUUGAAUGUUGGGACAAUAAAAUAAGGUGUUGAAAGCUG